AUGAAUUUCGAAAAUGCGAAAAUUAGUAUUUUUUAUGGAUCUCAAACUGGAAACGCGCAAGAUCUGGCCGAACGAAUGUGGAGAGAAUCGAAACGAUUUUAUUUUCAGAGUUCUGUGAAAGCCUUGGACGACUAUAAUGUAGCGGAGAUUGUCGACGAACGUUGCGCCCUUUUUGUUUGUUCGACUACGGGACAGGGUGAGGAGCCCGAUAAUAUGAAAAUGUUUUGGAAGUUUUUGCUGAAGAAGAAUUUGCCAGGGGAUUUGCUGCACAAUUUAAAGUGA